AACCAUCACCAGCAGAGAGGACUGCUGCGCAGAGAUGAUUGAUGGAGCUCAGCUCCGAAUUGGAGAUUCCUUGGAAAACAAAGGCAACAACAAUCCAAUGUAAGGCAGCAGACCGCUGCUUUACAGCUUUGUCUCAAAAAUCCUGAUGUACUGUGAUUUCCUCUUUUCCUGCAUGGGAGACCUUGACCUUUCAGUGUCAUGGGAUGAUGGGACGUUACGUCAACAUCUUCCUCCCUGGCUGCGAUAAAUACCUGACUCUGUGUGAAGUGGAAGUCCAUGCAGAACCUGAUCCUGCGUUCGCUGAAGAGGAUGAAGUCACACGAGACAGACAAUGUACUGCGAGUAGGACAGUUCAAGAGAACCUUGCUACUGGUGGCCAAACUACCCAAUCAACGCGGUGGGACGAUUUUGGUGAUGCAACCAAUGCCAUCGACAGGAAUCGCCAAGGAGUGUAUUUAAAGGGGUCCUGCAGCCACACAAAAGGUGAAACAAACCCCUGGUGGAGAGUGGAUCUGCUGAAAUCGUACAACAUUACUUCUGUGGCCGUUUCUAACCGAGAGGACUGCUGUUCUGAGAGGAUCAAUGGAGCUGAGAUUCACGUCGGAGACUCACUAGAAAACAAUGGCAAUGAUAAUCCAGUGUGUGCUGUGAUUCCCUACAUCCCAUCAGGGCAAACCAGAACCUAUCAGUGCAAUGGGAUGGUGGGACGCUACGUCAGCAUUCUUCUCCCUGGGAAAUCAAAAUACCUGACUCUGUGUGAGGUGGAGGUGAACGGCAAUGCGAUUGGUAAUGAAUGAGCAGGUUUGUCUCACUGGUGCCUGGGCAAGAAACCCUCGAGACUGCUCUGUCGUAACCAACACACUGGAGAACUGUUCAGAUAAUGAAGAACUGUUUCUGGGAGAGCUGUCUCUCCAUGGCUUCCAAUAAAAUUUUGCAACAUAUGAA